ACAACAGCCUCUCACAGGGACUUAGCAGCAUAGUUUGCUCUAAAGUGCUGACUAAUUCCCACUAAAUACAGCGCUCUUUUUUAAUUAAGAGAUCACUCAAAACAUCACGCCAGUUUAAGUUAAAUUACAGCACAGAAAAAACGUACAGAAGAUAUUUUCUACGUGUCGCUAAAACAUUAUCAGGCCGCAGUGACAAGCUAACUAUGCGUUACUAGCGGUCGGUGCAGCAAUUGUGCAUACAGUAUUUGGUUUAAAAAUAAAUUACACGAUAUUUUUAUCAUCAGCGCACCGAAAACGGCAACAUGCUAAGUUGACUUUGAGGUUGAUAUCAGCUUGACAUCUCAGGAAUCUGCUAUUAUGUUAAAGCUGCAGGCAAACAUCUCUCAGUGAGAGAGCAGGACAAAAAGGAUGAUCUCGAAGAUUUAACCAAGCACUGACAAACAUGCCUCAGCGGAAGAGAGCCCUUGUUCCCAUUAAUACGAGGAGAAGGGCUAAAGCAGACGAUGAUUACUUCCCUUUCAACUCCCUGCCGGUGGAAUGUCAGCUCCACGUCCUCUCGUUCCUCAGCGAGGUGGACAAAUGCAACUCUGCCCUUGUGUGCUCGAGCUGGAGUUGCUUAGUGCGCUCUGGAAAGCUCUGGAGAGUUGCGGACUACUCUCGCCGUGGGGUGUUUCAUCUGGGCCAAGAGGGUCUGCUCGUAUCCAACCGUGAGUUUGAGCGCUGGAAAUCUUGGGUUCACCAUUACACCCAUCAUCUUAUAUCCCGUGGUGCUAGUUUGCUUACUCUCAAGGCCAGUUUUGAUCUAGGUGACCAGUGCAAUAAAUGGGGUGAACUUCUGUCACACCUUCUAGAGAACGUGCAUUGUCGGGAUCUCAGUCAUUUAGACCUGAACUGGACGUUUACGCUCCUGGAGCCUCUUGACCUUCGCGUCCACACCAGUUCUAGUUCCCAUCAAGACAACAUCACCAAGAUGGACCAGGUCAAUAACUUCCAGAUCCUCCUGGCCAGACUCGUCCACAGCUGUCCCAGGAUCACCAAAAUGCGCUUGCACUUCGACUGGUCCGAAACAUCAGUUGCGCUCAUCACUCAGUUUCAACACCUUCGUAUAUUAGAACUCAAGUACUUUUGGGUGUUCAAAGGAGUCAGUCCGAACACACUCCAGACGCUGACCAAAUCUCUCCCUAAUCUGAAGUCCCUCACGCUGCAUGUUCUUGUACCACUUCGAAAUUUAGGCAUCUCGUACACUCUCGAAUCGCUUUCGCUCGAGUUUUUAGAUGUGUCGCCUAGUCGAGGGUUGGUUUUUUCAAGACUGAACCUUCCAGCGCUACGAGAGCUGCGGGCUAAAAAGAUUGUUCGGGGCAUUACUCUGGACCGGCGGACUCGACUGCGGAUACAGAGCCGAUGGCCCUGCUUGUAUCAGGUCUUACGCGAAGGGACGCCCAAACUUCAAGCCCUUAACAAUGAAAGACUCCUUCCGAACUGGAAAGAGCAAAGCUACAGGGAGCUGACGUCAAUCCUCCAGCAGUCCUGCUACUGUCUUCAGCAUUUAGACAGUUGGCUUUGGUGAGGCUCAGACUGAAGUAAUGAAAGGCUCCAAAUGAUGGCCUGAAGGGACACGGCUGCUUCUUGAUGAAAAACAUUUGAUGGACGAGAAAAAAAACACAUUUCUGAUCCUCUCUAAUUACAAAUAGCUGUAAUUGAAUUAUACAUCAGCCCUUUGGUUGAAUAUAAUUGGAUUAAAUUUCAAUACACAUCCGUUUUCUUACCCGUUCAGUGAGUUUUGGCUCAUUUUGUCUUGCGGAGGUUUACAUUCCUGGCUGAAGUGUGUGCAUUUUUUAGGAGCUUAUAGGUGAAUUCAGGAAAAUUGUUCUGUUGUGCAAAUUGAAGGAUAAAGCGGAUUGCAGAAGCAGAGUGUGGGUCAUUUUGACAAGAGCUCUUAAUUCCUUAAAACAUUUCAGUUCUUGUGUGUUUUGGUGGGACGUAUUAAAAAGAAACAGAGGUUUUGCCUUAUUUAUGUGUGUUUUUGUCCCCCAAAUUUGUUUUAUUUCAGAGUUUUCAGCUAACCGUGACCAAACCGUGGACAUUCCUGAUAAUCUGUAGCAAACUUUUAAACUUACUUUCAUAAACUGGAAUUGUAAUAGAAGGAUUUUAUUAUUUUUCAACCUUUAGGCUUGAGUAUUUUAAGGAUUUUCACAUAUGUGAGAAUGUAUUUUGUUGCAGGUGUGUAUCCACAUUUAGGGCUGAUCAUUUACAUUCAGUUAAACAGUCAUUAAAGCGUGAGUUCACACAAAAAUUCAAAUUAUGUCAUCAUUUAUUCUUCCUCAUGUGCGUUUAAACAUUUGAGUUUCUUUCUUUUGUUGAACACUCUUCAAGUAUUCUUUCUAUUUUUGAAGGGUGCUGAAGAAGUACCAUGAAAGUUAAUGGUUUUUCAACAGAUUAUGAACUAGUUAGGAUAUGAUGGCAGAAUUAAAAGUUUUGGGUGAACUAUCCCGUUAAAUUUAGGGCCUUUUUUAAGUAAUAACUUUCACUUAUAGGAAAUUCUUUCAAUUAUGAGACAUCAGCUGACAAAUGAAUAAGCAUACAUAAGCAUCAGUGUAAAUCUACCUUUAAAACAGUGUGCCUUGAAUGAUAGCUUUUUUAUUUUAUGAAAUGACAAUAUUGCCUGAAAAAAACAAUAGACUGUGUCUUAAUUUGUUUGUGAAUUUAUCAUGUGCAUAUGAGUUACUUUGUUUUGUUUCUUAGCAAUUAAUUUCCUUGUAAACAACUUGAUGGAUGAAAAGUGAUUUGUGUGCAGUACCUCAUGCUUGUCCACAUGAUGGCAACAAACCAUUUUAUUUUCUAGCUGUGCUGUUUUUUUUCUUCUUGCCACUCUUAAAACAACAGUCUGCAGUGGUGCUGUGAUGAAAUAAUAAUAAAAAAGAUACAAAUUGUUGAGAAAUACAUUAGUGCAGUGAUUAAUGAAUUCUGUGCACUGGCUGGAAUUGAUACAGCUACAAUAAACUGAAUUGAUUUUACUAUA